GUCCGGGCGGCGGGGGCGGGGCCGGCGCGGCGCUUCCCGCCGGCAAAAGUGCGGCGGGCGCCCAACUUGGCCCCAACUUUCGCCGCCGCCGCCGCCGCCGCCGCCGCCGCCCCGCCAUGUCCCGCCGCCCCGCCGUGUCCCGCCGCCGCUGAGGCCGCCGCCGCCAUCGCCAUGUACUCGCCCUACUGCCUCACCCAGGAUGAGUUCCACCCGUUCAUCGAGGCGCUGCUGCCCCACGUCCGGGCCUUCUCCUACACCUGGUUCAACCUGCAGGCGCGCAAGCGCAAGUACUUCAAGAAGCACGAGAAGAGGAUGACGAAGGAGGAGGAGCGGGCGGUGAAGGACGAGCUGCUGGGCGAGAAGGCCGAGGUGAAGCAGAAGUGGGCCUCGCGGCUGCUGGCCAAGCUGCGCAAGGACAUCCGGCCCGAGUGCCGCGAGGACUUCGUGCUCUCCGUCACCGGCAAGAAGCCGGCGUGCUGCGUCCUCUCCAACCCCGACCAGAAGGGCAAGAUCCGCCGCAUCGACUGCCUGCGGCAGGCCGACAAGGUGUGGCGGCUCGACCUGGUCAUGGUGAUCCUCUUCAAGGGCGUGCCGCUGGAGAGCACCGACGGCGAGCGCCUCGUCAAGGCGCCGCACUGCGCCAGCCCGGGCCUCUGCGUGCAGCCCCGCCACAUCGCCGUCGCCGUCAAGGAGCUCGACCUCUACCUGGCCUACUUCGUCCACGGCCCCGAAUCGGGACAGACGGACGGUGCAAACCAGCAAGGGGAGGCCGACAUCAAACCGCUGCCCAACGGGCACCUGGUCUUCCAGGAGAGCUUCGUCACCUCGGGCGUCUGGAACGUGGCCGAGCUGGUGCGCGUGUCCCAGACGCCGGUGGCGGCGGCGUCGGGCCCCGGCUUCUCGCUGGCCGACCUGGAGAGCCCCGGCUACUACGGCCUCGGCCAGGUGGCCCUGGGCCGCCGCGCCCUCCCCGCCCCCCCCGCCGCCAGCUCCAGCAAGCGGCCCAAGGCGCUGGAGGAGGCCGAGCUGGAGGGCGACGACGGCGGCUUCUACCCGGGGGGGCCGGGGGGGCCGGGGGGGCCGGGCCGCUCCCCCGCCCCCGGCAGCAGCCAGGGCGCCUGGGCCCCCGACGGCGACGCCGGCCCGGGCGCCCUGAAGAAGUCGGGGAAGCUGGACUUCUGCAGCGCCCUGUCGGGGCACGGGGCCACCCCCCGCAUGGCCUUCGGCCACCACCCGCUGCCCGUCCUCGCCGGCGUGCGGCCAGGCAGCCCCCGGGCGCCGGCGUCGGCGCUGCACUUCCCGUCGGGCUCGCUGCUGCCGCAGGCGGGGCCCUACUUCGCCCACCCCACCAUCCGCUACCACCCGCACGGCCAGGACUCGCUCAAGGAGUUCGUGCAGUUCGUCUGCGCCGACGGCGCCGCCCCGGCCCCCGCCCAGCAUUCGCAGCGCCAGGCUCCGCCGCUGCCAACCGCUUUGUCGGCCUCGGACCCCGGGACGGCAACUUUCUAAACCUCCCCCAGCAGGCGCAGGUAGGGCCGCCCCGGACGCCUGGGCCCCCGUCCCGGACACCUGGGC